UAGAAAGUUACCUCUCAGUUUCAAUCAUUCUCAUCUUUGCCCUUUGGUAUUUAGCCUUGAACAAGUUUGUCUGAUAUUUCAUUAGAGUUUGGUGCUCAUUGUGUGGUGGUUGGCUCUUUUCUUGUUGUCCACAAUUACUACUGCUAUGGCUACAGUCAAUGAAGGAUUCGUCGUAGACGAAGAUGGAAUUCAGGAGAAAAGCCAAGAGUCCAAAAAUCAACCAAUCUCGAAAGCGCUCGAAAUCCUUAGCGGCGAUAUCGAUUACUCUGCAGCUCGUAAGGCGCCCUUAUUCAUAGCGACGAUUGCGGCUUCUUGGGGUGCAUUUAUUCUUGGAAGUUGUCUUGGAUGGUCCUCGCCAGUUCAGCCUCAACUUCAACAUAUUCCCAACGCCACGGUGCCUCCACACAUCACAAAUGAGGAGAGCGUUUGGUACAUUAAACUAGAUGACACUGAAAUGUCAAUAGUCGGUUCGUUUGUCAAUUUGGGAGCUUUACUGGGAGCCCUCACCGGUGGCUUUUUGAUGGAUAGAUUUGGACGGAAAACGGUGCUCAUCUUCUUGUCAUUACCUUUCGUUCUCGGAUGGCUCCUCAUUGCUGUCGCCGUUCAUCCGAGUAUGUUAUACAUUGGUCGAAUUUUGGGUGGAGCAGCUGGAGGCAUCGCUUCUGUGGUGGCACCAAGCUACGUCUCCGAGAUUUCUAUUCCUUCAAUGCGAGGCCUUCUAGGAUUCUCUUUCCAGCUCAUGGUAGUCCUUGGCAUCUUGGUCGUCAGUUUGUUUGGUCUGGGACUCGACUGGCGAUUGAUCUCGGCCAUUGAGGCUGUCUUUCCCGUUAUCUUGCUUCUCUCCAUGAUUUACAUUCCAGAGUCGCCUUAUUACUUGACCAAGAAAGGAAAAUCAACUCUAGCGCGGGACUCUUUGAAAUGGCUGCGAGGACCCGAAUACGAUAUGGAACCCGAAUUGUCGCAGAUGGAAACCCGCGUCAGAAUUGAAUUGGCCCAAAGGAGCCGCUUUUCCGACCUGUGGAGUGGCUGGGCCUGGAAGUCCGUCUUGGUCGCCAUCGGCUUGAUGGUUUUCCAGCAACUUUCCGGCAUCAACGCAGCCCUCUUUAACGCUGUGGCCAUUUUCGAAUCGGCCGGCUCCGAACUCGAUACUUUGGUCGCCGCCGUUCUACUCAACGUCGAUCAGGUGCUGUUUUGUUUUAUUUCUUCGCUGCUGGUGGAGCGCCUGGGUCGCCGGACCCUUUUCUUAAUGUCCGAGAUCGGUAUGUGCAUCUCAAUGUUUGCGCUGGGCGCGUUUUUCUUCGUCAAAGAGGAAUGCAUAAAGACGUUGGAAAGCACGCCGGGCUCCGAUUGUGAGCAACAGGUGACUGCACUCGGCUGGCUACCGCUGACAUCUCUGAUCCUCUUCAUUGCCACUUUUGCCAUUGGCGCGGGACCGAUGCCCUGGUUGAUGGUGAGCGAAAUUCUGCCGGCCAAAGUCAAAGCACCUGGCAGUUCGGCCGCCGCCUUCACCAAUUGGUUUUUGGCUUUCAUCGUCACGCUGACUUUUGUCGACAUUCAAAACGCCAUCGGCAGUUCCGGCGCUUUCUGGAUGUUUGGCUGUUUCUGCAUCCUCGGCAUCUUGUUCACCAUCUUCCUCCUUCCGGAAACCAAAGGCAAAUCACCCGAACAAAUUCAAGCUUUCUUCGGCAUCCACCCUCCUGUUAAUACUUCCGUCAACGAUUAAGAUUUAAUCUCGACCACGUACGUGUGUACAGGACGCUGGAGCCGAUAGAGGAGAAAGAGAAAACUUUGUUUUGGGGUAUUUGUUUUUUCGCUCGUUUUGUUUUGUUUGUUUUUUUAAAUUUCCACUUUCCCCAAUCACGACAGAGCGGGUAGUGAAAGACAAAAAGUCGCAUGUCAACACGCCACAUUAUGUUCCACUUCCUUCUUCCCAUUCGACUUGAAAAACAAAACUACAAAGUUGUGACAUUCGCUGCGCUGUAACGGAUUGUAUUCGUUUCGCAGACUAAUUAUUAUUUUCUACAUUUUCUUUAAAAUUAAAAAAAAAAUUAUUUUUGAAAAAUUAUUUUUUGUGUGUGUCCAUUUAAUGGAUUGACAAACAAAUUGAAUCCAUUUUUUGGUUUUAUAUACACGUGAAUGUCGGGA